AUGUCAGACCCUAAGGAGGAGAUCUUCAACAAUCUGAAGGUUGUUAUUGCAGAAAACCUGAAAACUCUCCCAAACUUCAACGAAGAUGUCAACUACGUCGCGGAAUACAUUGUGCUUUUAAUGUCAAACGGAGGAAACCUAGAAUCCGUGGUUCAAGAGCUAACGUCCCUGUUUGAUACUGUGCCUCCAGAAGCAUUCCACAAUGUGGUUCAGAACGCUUACAAGGUUCUAGGCUAUUUGCAAGGAGGCGACUCCCUCGAAGUCGCUGUGUCAAAAUUGACAGGCGGGAGCAACGCACCUGCGGGCCAAGAACAACAUAAUCAACAAGCGAUGUUUUCUCAGGAGCAACAGCAACAGCAGCAAUCACAACAACAGCCACAACAUCAAGCUCAUCAGCAACAACCGCAACAGCAAGCUGCGGUUCCCUCCAUUUUCCAGACGGCCCCUCCUGCAACUGCUGCGCAACCGCAGUCAGCAUUUGCGGGACUCGUGGAGUUCUCUCCAGCCCCCUCUGGUGACAUCUCGAAAAGCGGGGGAGCGCAACGUGGUGGUGGCGUGGGUAAGGCCAGUACUCGUGGUGGUCGCAAUGAGCGGCCAGGCCGUGGCGGCAAGAACGGUGUUGGCAAGAGAAACAAUUAUCAAAACAACAACGCACUGGCGAUGGCCCUUGGAAUGGAUGACCCUAACACUAACGUUGUGCAAAAGAAACAGGGCCGUUGUAAGCUUUUUCCCCGUUGCCCUCUGGGAAGACAAUGUCCACACGCACAUCCUACGCAGGCAUGCAGAGAAUAUCCAAACUGCCCUAACCCACCGGGGACAUGCAACUACCUGCACCCUAACGAGGACGUGGAACUGAUGAAGGAAAUAGAAAAAACCAGAGAGGAAUUCCGCGAAAAAAGAGCUGCCGUUGCCGCAUCCAGAGCUAAGCCUAUCAACACCGGCAUCGUGCUAUGCAAAUUCGGCAACUUAUGCUCAAAUCCUCAAUGUCCAUUUGGGCAUCCAACUCCCGCUAACGAAGAUGCCAAGGUUAUCACUUUUGCCUGGUGUCCCGAGAACCUGAAGUGCGAGAACCCAACGUGCGACAGGGCACAUAGUUCGCACUCUAAAAUUAAGGAAGUGGCUCCAAUCGCGGCGCGCAAGCCUUCGCGCCCCCCAGUUGAGAAGUCCCUUGAGCAGUGUAAGUUUGGCCAGAACUGCACAAACAAGAGAUGCAAGUUUAGGCAUGCUAGGUCUCACAUUAUGUGUCGCGAAGGCGCCAACUGUACGAGAAUAGACUGUCUAUUUGGCCAUCCUAUCAAUGAAGACUGCAAAUUUGGAGUUGAAUGUCGCAAUAUUUAUUGUCUGUACAGGCACCCUGAGGGUAGGCAACUUCCUGACAAGUCGCAGCAGGCCCAAAGCAACAGCAAUAACACAUGGGUCAACCCUAACCUAGGCACCGGAAACAGCUCCUCAAAUGAGAGGCCGUUUGCUGUCCCUGAAAACCAAGUCAUCGAAGCUGCUCCUGCUCAGGAACAAGAUGCGAUGAUGAAUUGA